AGAUUUUUUUUUAGAGAUUAUGGAUCCAAAACCAAAAUCCCAGAGAGAGAAUCAAAGGUAGACAAUUAGAGAGAGAGCCCAAAGAAAAGCAAAAAAAGGGGUGAGCUUGAGCUUUGUUCAAUACAGGAAUUCAAAGAGGAAGAUUUGGUUUUAGAGAGAGAAACUGAGUGAUACAGUUAUGAAUCCAUUCCGGGGUAGUUAAACUUUGUGGGUUGUUUUUUGGAGCUUCAUUUGGGUUCCAUAUCAAUGGAUUCACCACCACCAGCAGAGGAGCUUCUGAAGAAGAUCGAAAAGCUCGAAGUCGGCCACGCUCACCUCACACAAGAGAUGUCAAAACUAAUGAUUUCAAGCGAUCGCAAAUCGGACCCACAAAAUGAACGACAACCCAUUGAUGGAGAUGCUGGUGGGGGCCACCAGAGGUCCCACUCGGUGUCGCCGCAACGGUCGGCGGCGCCGCCGAGACGGAGAGGAGGCGGCGGCGGCGGAGGGUUCGAUGGUGGUGCUGCGGCGGUGAGGAAGAGGGGUUCGGCGUCGGUUCGGCAUUCGUCGCCGUUGCAGAGGGAGAACAGGAGCGGUGGGGGUGGCGGUGGCACAUUUAACCCGGCGGCCUCCUCCGCCGGCGGCGGUGGUGGGCGGACGGCAGUCAAGUUUACCGAUAGGCAGUGUAUGAAUAUAUUGCAGUCCAUGGGUCAGUCAGUUCAUAUAUUUGAUCUUAACGGUCGCAUAAUCUACUGGAAUCGAGCUGCAGAACACCUUUAUGGUUAUUCUGCAACAGAAGCUCUCGGUCAGGAUGCCAUUGAGCUCCUAACAUAUGCCCAAGAUUUCGACGUGGCUAAUAACAUAGUACAACGCGUGGCAAUGGGGGAGAGCUGGACGGGGCAAUUUCCUGUUAAGAACAAGAAGGGGGAUAGGUUUCUAAUUGUUACAACCAACACCCCCUUUCAUGAUGAUGAUGGCACGUUCAUUGGGAUUAUUUGUGUAUCAAGUGAUGCACGCCUCUUUCAAGACACGAGGGCUGCAUUGUCGGGUAAAACACAUUCGGAGGCAGAUUCAAGCUUUAAAAGCAUUGCUUCAGCCAAACUUGGCCUUGAUCCUCAGCAACCUCUCCAAGUUGCAAUUGCAUCGAAAAUAUCAAAUUUGGCUUUCAAGGUGGGCAACAAGGUUAAGUCAAAAAUGAGGACUGGAGAGAACAGCACAGAUCGUGAAGGUCGGAGUGGAGAUAGUCAUCAUUCCGAUCAUGGUUUCUCGGAUGUGGCUUUUUCCGAUCAUAGGGAGGAUGCAACUUCAAGUGGAGCUAGCACGCCCAGAGAAGAUGUAAUGCAAUCUCCAUUUGGGGUAUUUUCUCAAGUUUCACCGGACGAGUACUCCCCAGGAAAACCCUCGAGGGAUUCUGGUGAUGAGAGUGAAGGAGGAAAACCCAGAAUCCAUAAAAUCAUUUCCUCAAAGGCAGAGGCAUGGAUUGGUAAGAAAGGAAUAGCAUGGCCGUGGAAAGGAAAUGAGCGUGAAGGGUCUGAGGCAAAGACAACUCGUUUUGCUUGGCCUUGGUUGCACGAUGAUCAUGAGAAUGACUUGGGUCAUCAGAAGAGUUCUUUUUCAGGUGUGGAACCAGAAAGUCAAGUGGCUGAGAAUAUUCGCCCAACCAAUAAUGAGGCUUCCGGGUCAUGGUCAUCCUCAUUUAAUGUUAACAGCACAAGUAGCGCAAGUAGCUGUGGAAGUACUAAUAGUAGUGCUGUUAAUAAAGUUGAUAUGGACACUGAUUGCUUGGAUUAUGAAAUCUCGUGGGAGGACUUGACAAUCGGGGAGCAAAUUGGGCAAGGUAAUCUUUCGAUUUAACAUCAUUAUGUGUUG